ACAUGUUGGGUCUUAGACGAAUCGAACGCUGAUGUGUUACAAGAAUUUUACCCGUCACAAUUUUGUCGGAUGCGGUAACGUAAACGUAGCGGAGGUGGGUUUGAAGACAAAGUGUUCAAAGGGACACAGUGGAAGCGACCGGAAGUAUCUCUCUGAGAGCGAAUGGCGCCUAAAGGCAAAGUUGGUACUAAGGGAAAGAAGCAGAUUCUCGAGGAGAAUGAGGCAACCCUCAAAUUCUAUACAAGAGUCAUCCUGGGAGCUAAUGCCAUAUAUGCUGCUGUAAAUCUUUUGAUCUUCUACAAUUCAUCUAGUUUUGGGACAUGGCUGUUAUUAGCGUUUGCGCUUGCUGUGUAUGUUGGGAGUUACCGCUCCAUGUCCACGAUGGCCAAACCAGUGUUCGCUGACGAUGGAAGUCUCCUUGACGGAGGAAUAGACUUAAACAUGGAGCAGGGAAUGGCAGAAUUAUAUUAGAUUGGACAGCUGUACCUAAUACACGAACGACUGCACCUCAGCGCACCCGACUGUCAAACUCCUGAAGUUUGCAGAUGACACCACUGUCAUCGGCCUCAUCAAGGACGGUGACGAGUCUGCAUAUCGACAGGAAGUGGAGCGGCUGGAGCUGAACACGUUCAAGACUGUCGAGAGGAUCGUGGACUUCAGGAGGCAUCCUUCGCCACAGCUGCCCCUCACGUUGUCCAGCUGCCUUGUGUCAACCGUCGAGACCUUCAAGUUGCUCGGAAUUACAGUCUCUCAGGACCUGAAGUGGGCGACCAACAUCAACUCCGUCCUCAAAAAGGCCCAGCAGAGGAUGUACUUCCUGCGGCUUCUGAGAAAGCACGGCCUGCCACGGGAGCUGCUGAGGCAGUUCUACACAGCGGUCAUCGAAUCAGUCCUGUGUUCUUCCAUCACAGUCUGGUUUGGUGCUGCUACAAAAAAGGACAAACUCCGACUGCAACGGACAAUCAAAACUGCUGAAAGGAUUGUCGGUACCCCCCUACCCACCACUGAGGACUUGCACGCUGCCAGAACUAAGACAAGGGCGUGCAAAAUCCUCUCUGACCCUCCGCACCCCGGUCACCAGCUCUUCCAGCUCCUUCCCUCAGGUAGGCGCUACCGAUCAAUGCAAACUAGAACUAGUAGACAUUCCAACAGCUUCGUCCCUCUUGCAAUCAACUUCUUAAACAGCUAACCUAUAAUUCCAUUACAACAAGCUGGUAAUUUUUUGACUUGAGUUCGUUGUCACAUUUCUGUGGGGCCAAUUAUGUAUUACUCGUGCACUCACUGUAGUUGUCUCGCCGUGCUGCACUAUUUGCAUAUACUGGCCACUCAUGCCAGAGUAGCAUCUGCUCCAUUUGCACACUGAUUGAGGAGUAUCUGUAACAUUUGCACAACCAACAUUGUCCCAGAUUAUCGCACUACUCGUCACUUUAAACCGCAUACACUCCUUGAAGUCUCGGCGCCCUUUGCACAAUGGUCAUUGCACCGGACUAUUGCAAUAUUAGUCAUUCGAACUGCUCUAAGUGCUAGAGGACUCUGCAUCUUUUUGCACAAUUGUUUUUUGUCAAUGUCUUUAUGUCUCCAAAGUGUUCUGUAAAUUGACUGUCUGUUGUACUAGAGCGGCUCCAACUACCGGAGACAAAUUCCUUGUGUGUUUUGGACAUACUUGGCAAAUAAAGAUGAUUCUGAUUCUGAUUCUGUAUGUAUUUCUCACCAUGUAUUUUAACAACAUAUGCAGUGUUUGCUUAUUCUCAGACCUCAAAUUGUUUUUGUAUAGGUAUAUGUAUGUUUUGUUCCAUAAUCUCUAUUCGGAAUUCAUUAAAUGAUUAACAUGAUUAUUAGGCUAUAUGUUGUUGGUUGCUGUGCAAUCUUUCUGAUGAUACCAACUUCUUGAACAUAGGAUAAAGAUUAAAAACGUUUGGAUCAGCCA